GAGUACUUCUCACACUGGAGGCUGGAGGGUGGUGUGGGUGUGGGCAGCAGCGGCGACAACUUAAUAAUAUAAUACUGUAACGAUGGCAGAACCUUCAGCAAAGUUCAUCUUUAAGAAACGAACCAAUAGGCCUGGUGGAAGCCUACGGAAAAGAAAAGUUGGGAGUGAUAACAGUAGUAGUGAGGAUGAAACAAAGGUAGUCAAGAAAGUUAGGAAAUCAGAUCUUUCAAACCCCUUAGUUCAACGAAGUAAGAACAGAAGUCGAGUACGUGAAGAUGACCACAGCUCCGGCGAUGACAGUGACGAUGAAUUAAGUGCAACGUACAAGUCUCACCGCACAACUGAACGAGAAGGACCAAAGGAUAUGGGUGCAACGUCCACCAUCCAAUUUGAAACGGAAAAAGAUCGGGACGCUCAGGCUAUUUAUGAGAGGACGCUAGAGGUCAAUAAGGAAACUAGAGGGCAGAUGGAUGAUAAAAUCUACCGUGGUCUAAAUAACUACAGUCAGUUCUAUGAGAAGAAAGAUACAGCUCAGGGCAAUGCAGCCAGUGGGGGAGUCCGCAAAGGCCCCAUUCGAGCACCCGAUCACCUACGAGCAACAGUAAGAUGGGACUACCAACCUGAUCUCUGCAAAGACUUCAAGGAGACUGGUUUCUGUGGCUUUGGAGAUAGCUGUAAAUUUUUACACGACAGGACAGACUACAAGUUGGGCUGGCAACUGGAGGUAGAGUCUAGUAAGCAGAGAGGAGCAGACUGUGACUCAGAUGAAAAUUGGGAAAUCCCAAGUGAUGAAGAACAUCUCCCUUUCAAGUGUUUCAUCUGCAGACAGUCUUUCACAGAUCCAGUUGUUACCAAGUGUAGACAUUAUUUUUGUGAAAAGUGCGCCCUGGAACAUUUCAAGAAGUCCAAACGUUGUUAUGUGUGUAGUGAAAACACAGCUGGAAUGUUUAACCCAGCCAUGGAAAUUAUUGCUAGAUUAAAUAAUGAGGGUUCAGAUGGUGAUUAAAUAUUAAUAUUUUUUUAGUUCCUCUCAUCAUUAUAGGAGAUCAAUAUCUGGGGACAACAGAUUAUCUUGGGGUUUUAGAGGGAUAGUAAUUCUAAAAGCAGUUUCAUUAUAUUUCAUGCUAGGAACCAUAAUACAAUGAUUACUUCAUAGUUUAGCUAGUACAGUAUUUGCAUGUUUGAUGUUAGUAGUACAGUACAUGAAGGUUAGCUAAAUUUACUAACAUAACAUUGUCAUUCUGCACUGUUCUAUCAGAGCAUUUGUGUUCAUUUAAUAAUCUGAGUGACUGCUAUGUUUUAAAUAAUAUAUUUUUAAACUUUUA